AUGCAGGGACGCGCGCACGUUUGUCUUCGUUUAUCUUCUGUUGAAAUAAAACAGGCCGUACAACUUGUCACAUUGAUAGUUGGGAAACGGAGCCGGAACAACAAAUGGUGUCACGUUAAAACGACCUCGAAUCAAUCCACCAAGAAGGAUGUGUUCAGAUUUUACGCGAACGAUGAAAAUCUCCGAAUAUCCGUGGAGGACUCGUGGUGCAUUCGGUACAUGAAGGCAACGGUGCAAUGUUUCAAGGCGAAGAGAGUGCAUGUUCCGGGAUUUGAAAUCGUGAUCGUUUCCACUGUGCCGGAAAGAUCUGGUCUCGGGAGCAGCUCCGCCCUGGUCGUUGCGUUAUACACGUUUCUCGAGGCAAUUACGAAAAUGCAGACGGCGAACAUUCUCGAGAAAACGCUGGCGUGUCACUUGGCGAAGAAACUGGCCUCAGGAUCUCGCAACCAUUGUGUCGUCGAUUCGUUGAUUUCCAUCGUCGGCGAGGAGGACAAGAUAAUCAGCUUCGACUCACGAUCUCUGACCGUCGACGAAUACGACUGGGAAACGUUCGACACCGAAAUGAUUCUUAUCACGCGUCCCACAUUCGCGAUUGAAAAGUCAUUGAAGUAUCGUUCAGACGCGACAAGACAGACAGAGAUCACUAUUAUCAGAAACACGACCUCGCGAUGGCGUACAGAUCCGGAAGGCAGUUCGAUGAUGGAACGUCUGUUUCCCGAAGAGACGAUGACCUUGACCGCGAAUAUUGACAACGGAGAUAAGAUAAUAUCCGAGAUGACAGAAACGAUCAAAACAAGACGAUGGAAGAAGCUUGGUAGGAUGUUAAAACAGUUGGGAAAUGUUGCACAACCUGGUUUUGUCAUUUUUUUCGUUUUUGUUCAUUGCAUAGUAUUAAUGUUACAUAAUUCGUACAAGCAUGUAAUUUACAUAGCUUCUUAA